CUUGGCGGUAAACAGAAUCAGUCAGCAGAUUGUAUUGUUGUUGAAAUAAGUCACUACUUGUUUUGUAUACAUAGCAACACUUGUAAAAUAGUGCCAGUGUUUUCACUUCGAUGGAUAAUGAACUCGAAAAGAUUCGUUCGUACUUGUCAGCGAGGCAUUUUCAUGCUUCAAGAGAAUGGAUAGAAGGAUGCGUUAGCUACUUCAGAGAGCAGCAUGAAGGAGAAAGGUACAAUUACUCUGAAAUGCAGGAGUUUGUGACACAGCAGUGGGAGUUGGCAGACCUGAGGGAAAUAAGCCCAGGCUGUCUUCCCCCAAACCUGGCUCUGCAGAAGAAAACUGUGCUCACUGGCAAGUACAGUCUUCAGGUUGAAUCAAUGUGCGACAUUGCAAAAUCAUUUUACUCACAGCUCCAGGCAAUUCGAAAUGUGCCACUUGAAAAUGUUAAAGCGACUGAAAAGCAAAAGGAGUCAUGGGAACCAUCUGCAAAGAGGGUGCUGCAGUUGAUGCUUUGUGAUGGAGUGCAAGAAAUAAAAGCUAUUGAAUACAAGCCUGUAAGAGCCCUUGACCAACAGAUUGUUCCAGGAUUCAAGAUACUCAUUAUUGGACCAGUGGAUUGUCGCAGAGGAAUUAUCAUGUUGGAAGAACGCAAUUUGCAGCUAAUUGGUGGAGAAGUUGAUUCACUGCUUGUACCGAAUGCACUAGAGAAUAUUUUGGCAAGGGCACUGAACCUUGAAGAAAAUCCAGAUCCUUACAAUUGCCAGACUGAUACUCCAGCUCAGAACAGCAUUCGAACAACAAAUGAUCAACCAGCAAACAUUAGGCAAAGAAAUGAGGCUGCAUUCCUUGUUGAAGAUGAUGACGAUGAUAUAUUUGCCCAGGAAGUGGAUGCUCAGUUGAAGCAACUGGAAGAGCAACAGCAGAAGGUGGAACAACAUUCACAAAAUGCUAGAAAUGUAAAUGACAGGGUAGAACAGGAAGUUGAUGCAUUUGAAGAAGCUUACCAGAGAGAAAUGGAGAUGAUGGACAUGGAUGAUGAUGAUAUAGAAACAAUAGAACAGCAGCCAUUGUUUGCUGUAGCUAGUAAGCCUACUGUUUCAUACAAUCAAAACAGUACCUCAAAGAGAAGUAAUCAAGGCAAUAAUAGCAUAGCACUAGAAACAGAGCUUCUUGAAGAUGAUGACAUUUUCCUUAAUGUCUCAGAUGCUGACCUUGAACCAACUCCAGAGCUAAACAAAAGUAUAGAAAUUGUAGAAGAUGUAAAGACUACCACAAAUGUGGGUGGGGGUGCAGGGCCCAGCAGGGAACCUGAGGUUAUAUCUCUUUUAGAUGAUUCAAAUGUUGAUGACAGUUUCUUCAUGCAGCCUGGUCUGAGUGGUAUUACACCACGAACAUUGCCUCUUUCCUCUAAACUGCAAAAGGAAAUUGGUGGCAGGAGUCAGAAGCCGCCUGCAAAGGCAAAGCCAGUGAACUUGAAAAGUGCUAAUCAAGCAAAAAUCAGUUCCUUUUUUAAUAGAGAUUCUUCUUCAACAAAUAGACAACAUUCUGAAUCAUCCAAAGUGGAUUUUCAUUAUGCUGUUGAGAAACAUAGUAAGGAAGUGCCUAGAACAGCUCAGACUCCACUGCUGCAGGAUCCUGUACAUUUAGGAAACAUUUCUGAUUUUGUUGAUGACCUGUUCAGUGAACCUACAUUUCCAGAUCACAGCCAUACAUCCACAUCUGCUGUUAGCAAUAUUGAGGAAGAGUGUCUGGUGAUUGAUAGCAAACCAUUUGUUUAUAUACAACAAAUAAAAGAUGCAAAACUAACUACACCUGCUAUAUACACUGUGAAGGGGUUUGUUUUGUCUUUGACAUCCUUUCUCAAGACAAAAUUUGAUGGUUGGUACCUAACGGCAAAGCUGUGUGAUGGAUCAGCAACAUUGGAUGUUCAGUUUUCCUCUGAUGUGCUGGAUAAUUUUAUUGGAUACAGUCUUAAUGAAGUUAAAGCAAUGAAGAAGGAUGUAGACAAAAAUCCUCUUAUUAAAGAGAGAUUGAACAAGGCUCUCCAGAAAGCACAGCAGCAGUUGAUUGAAUUAAAUGCACUUUUUACUCUUUCAUUUGACCCGGAAAGUGAUUUACCAUGUGUAACAAUGGUAACAGAUUUGAAAGAAGAGCAUCUCAAAGCACUGAAAGCAAGAGUGCGUAUUGCGCAGUCUCUAAAACACAGUUGAUGAUGCUGACAGCAUAGAUGUUUAUCCUCUGGGCAUUUUUAUGCCUGUGUGUCUUGGAAGAUACGUCUUCUCGAAGAAAGCAGUGAAACAAGUUCUGUAGUGUCGCCAAAAAGAAGAGGGGGCAGCAGAAAUCACAAAGAGGUUCAGUUUUAAACAAGAGUACGUAAGUGAAUAAAUCCAUUCAAGCAUAUGUUGGAGAUGGAAGUAGUUACGCUACAUCUGAAUUUGUGGAUUUUUCAGCUGUCAUAUGCAUUCUACAUAAUUAAGAGUAUUAACUUUCAAGAGUUUUUUUUGACAUAAAUAGAUUUUAUGUUAGAAAAGUGUGGAAUGAGUUAGUUGGAACUGACUCUUGAGUGUAGUGAAAGAAUAGGCUGCAUCAAGAGCACGACUCAUGGCCUGAGAGGUGCUAGAAGUGGUGUAGUGCAUCACGAAUCAUCAUACCAACAGCCACAAUUUUAAAUUGAAACUCCUCAAAGUAACAGUUAAUUACUGUCAACAUUUAUAGUGUUUAUGGUGCCAUAUGAUCAUAUGUAAUGAAAUGAUGAUUACCUAUAUGUGGGACAGAAGAAGAGCAUGUAUAUAUAUCAACUUCUGUAACAAAAGCAAAUGGGAAAAUGCUGACAAAAACACAAAUUUGAAAAUGUAUUGAAGAUCUAGAUUUUGGAAACUUCAUUUCAUAUUUUGCUUUGUGAAGAACCUGUUAAUUCGGAAAUUUUGAUGUUCAGAAUGCUUCCCCAGCUGUGCAGAUGUCAAUCUUUAGCAGAGUAUUCCUCAGUGAACAUUGAGUAUAGUAUACUCCGGUCACCGGGACCAUUACGUAAUAAAUAUUACUUGCUUGCUGUGAAGCAUUUACAUUAUAAAUAAUAUUAGUUUAUUCUGUGUAUGUUUCAAGCAUGGAGUGCUCAUAUUCGGGUAUUACACCUGCGCACAAAAACGUAUGUUAACAUACUGUUAUUCUUUUUUAUCUUUUUAUUUAAAAGCCAUGGCUAGUUUCAUGAGUAACCAGUCACCAUCAAAAGUCUGAAACACAUGUUGAUACAGACAGUAUAAAUACACAGUGGAUGAAAUUAAUUGAAAUUUUUAGCUCACUGAUAUGGUCCUCUUUAUGGUAAAUGUUGAUAACUUUAUAUCGAAGUGAAUAUAAUCUCAUUACACAAAAUUUCUCAAUGUUGCAUGUUGGUAAUACUUUAGCUACCUGUCAUUUGUUAAGAACUGCAGUCUCCGUAUCUUUCUAGAAUAUUUUCUUGUUAUCACUACUUACGAAAAAAAUUCUCCACUGUGUUUGUUCAGUGCUCUUCGGGUGCAAGAUUCCCAAGCAAACUAAUAAUUUCAGUUAUUUUGUCAUACUUCCAUUCUCUUUAUAUUGUGUGCCACACGAACUGAGGUGUCAGUAAUUAGACCUAUAUCACUGGCUGACAUUAAAAUAUGGCCAGUUUGUAUAGUUGAUGUUUAUCUUUGAAGUAUUUGUCACACAGAUCUAGCUCUUGGAGUUGCAUAGUAUAGUAUAUUACUGUGUGUUACAUCAGUUGCAUUUUAGGGUUCUGAUAUAAUGUAGUUGUAUAUACUAUCCAUAUAGUUGCAAUCGGCAGUAGAAUUUACAUUCUAUUGUCCUAUGUGCAUAAGAAUUGUAAGCAGUUUGAAGCCAUAUUGGCUGUAUCUCAGGUAUGUCUGUUUUUCAGCAAAUGCUACCAGUCACAGUUAUUUUAGUAUUGCAACUUGUUUCAAGAGAUGACUACCUCAUGAGGCAGCAAAUGGCAGUCCAAAUACAUUUAACAUUACACACAAAUCGUAAUGUAACAAUUUUCUGUUUAUGCUUGUGCAGUGAAGUGCCUGUUAAAAUGUAACUAUCUCAGUUCAUCAAACCAUUUAAAAUGUAACCAGGUCCAGAAGCCCAGCUCCAACAUCAAAUCUAAAGUAACUUCUCACACCAGCUCCAUUCAUCAAAUCUAACGUAGCAAUCCCAUCAAUUCAGGUUGAACAUAGUACAGCUGAUCGUACCAUGUUUUACAUUUUUGGAGGUGAUAACUUUGCUGCAGAAAGUCUUCGGUCACUACCACAUGUACAGCAAUUAAUCUAUUGACAACACCUCUUUAUUACACACAUAUAUACAACAGCUGACUGUCACGACUUCCCAGGAACCAGAAUACACCAGAUAGUACUCCAACUGCACUCCCUCCAAGGCUUUGGACAAAGUUUAUUUAUACAUCUUUUAACAAUUACGUUCUUUGACAUUAUUAUGUUAUUUCAUGUUUGAUGUUAUAGUUGCAAUAAGUUAAUCCAGCAAAAUCUGGCAUUACAGAGUUU